AUGCUCCACAAGUUCGCGCUCGCGUUCAAGACCAAGACCAUCGAGUUCUUCGCCGAGGAGGAGGAGGACGAGGACGCCGACCGAUUCGCGCGCUCGCCGGCGCCGAGGGCGGAUGGGGUCCUUGCGGGGCAGCGGGUGGUCGUGCUGAAGCCCGACCCGCUGCUGAACCCUAACCCUAGCGUGGAUGGGGAGGGGAAGGCGGCGUCCGGGCAGGAGGCCGCCGUCGCUGCGGUGCUCGCGAUGGCCUCGUCGUUCCAGGCGGCGUACCUGCACCUGCAGGCCGCCCACGCUCCGUUCCUGCCCGAUGCGGCGGUGGCCGCGGACACCGCCGCGGUCUCGCACCUCCGGCGGCUUUCGGAGCUCAAGCGGAUCGCGAGGGGCGAGCCGGCGGACCCGCCCUCGCUAGACGGGGAUGGGGACGGGACGCUCACGGCGCACCUCGAGGCCCAGGUGCGCGAGAACCAAGCGCUGCUGUGGCGGCCCUCGACGCCAAGGACGCCGCGGCUGCGGCUGGACCUAGAGGCGGUCGACGACGGCAACGCGCGGCUCACAGGCCGCCUCGACCGCGCGCUCGCGCCUCCGCCGGGUGGCGACGCCGUCGGCGCGAUGCUGUCCGCGGGCGUCUUCGACUCUGUCCUCCGCGACGCGCUCCGCGUCGCCCACCGAUUUGUCCGCGCGCUUGCCGAGGUCCUCCGGUGCGCUGGGUGGGACCUGGCCGCAGCUGCAGAGGCUGCCUACCCUGGUGUCUCCUACUCCAAGGCCGGCCACUGCCGCUACGCGCUCCUCUCCCACGUCUGCCUCUCCAUGUUUGACGGAUUCGACUCCUACCAAUUCGGCGCCACAGCUGGCACCACAGAGCUCGGAGGAAUGGAGCUAGCAACCCGUAGGAACGAGUCAUUGCAGCAAUUCAUCGAGCACUCAGAUGCAGACCCGAUGGAGCUGAUGAAUUCAAGCCCGGACUGCGAGUUUGCCCAAUUUUGCGACCGCAAGUACAAACAGCUGAUUCAUCCUGGCAUUGAAUCCUCACUGUUUGGGAAUUCAGACUACGGGACAUUGCUGGUGAUGAGUGUGGCCGGCCCACUCUACGAGUUAUUUGUUGCAAUGGCAAGCUCAAUAUGGACACUGCACAGGUUAGCCUGGGCAUAUGACCCAGCAGUCGACAUAUUCCAGGUUGGCCGGGGCACAAAGUUCUCAAUGGUGUACAUGGAGAACAUUGUCCGGUCGAAGGGUUUCGUGGCGAGCAAGGAGCUCGGGAAGCCAGUGCGACCAAAGGUCGGGUUCACGGUGGUGCCGGGCUUCCGGCUUGGAGAUAAAACCGUUGCGUUAGCACGGGCAUUAUACUAUAUCCAUAGCAAGAGGAGGCUAUCUGCCCAACGACCGCUCACUGUGGGAGCAGGAGCUGGCAAAGAAGAGAUAAUAGAAUCUUUGAAAAAUUUACUGUUAAUCUUUGCCAAGCUGAAUGCUGGAAUAAGAUAUGUACAAGGGAUGAAUGAAAUUUUGGCACCACUGUUCUUUGUAUUUCAGAGUGAUCUGGAUGAUAAAAAUGAUGUAUGGAGUAAGAGAUUGUUUUUACCAAAUUCUAAGUGUCCUUACAUUGUACUGCUGAAGCUUUAG